ACUGGACCGCUUACCGCUAGCCAUUGCGUUUUUCGUAUUUGGUUUUCCUCGUCUCUGAGAUUCUCAUGAUCAUGCCUCGUGCUGCUGUCAAGUAUUCUGUCUUGCUUGUCGCCGUGGCGAUUUUAAGCGUGCAUGCGCAAUUUCUAGUACCUCUCAAUCAGACAACGGAAUGUCUGAAACAGAAUGGCAGUCCACGAUGUCGUCCGCCAUUGAAACUAGGCGAUUUCGAUCCAUGUAAAGAAUUGAACUGCACCGGUGGCGUGGUGGUGGAUAAUGUGAAGUGUCCGUGCUGUUAUCGGUGUGCCAAGCAGAUUGACGAGGAAUGCAGCCCGGAGACGGAGAACGACCGUCAUCCUUACAACUACUGUGACGGGGCGGGAUUGAGGUGUCAGAAAUUUAGGUCACAAAUAAGCUCAAUUGCUGUUGGUCGUUGUGUUGGAAAAAUAGUGCAACCAUGCCCACACGGUCAUGUACAUCAGAAAGGAUGUCUGACUUGCACUUGCAUCAAUGGUGCAGAGACAUGUGUGAGGACUAAGAACAUCACAUGUCCGAAACUUACUUGUGGACUUCGAUCCAGAUAUCGACCUGUUGACAAGUGCUGUCCUGUAUGUUUUGAGACACCGAUAUUUGAAGAUAUUCCUCUGCCACCAUCAGUUACUCUUCUAGGAAAUUUAUCUGAAUUUCAUAUAAAGCAAAGAACCGAACUGUCUGUCAAAUUUCUUGCCUCUGGUCUUCCAACAGUUGAUACGUUAUCCAACUUGUCUCUCUACCACAAUGGACGUCAACUCGAGCCUUCUAGCUAUUUAUCAAUUGAAAAUGUUCGUAUUCCUAUUUCAGUGGACGGUUCGAACAUUAGGGAUGGCUAUGUUGAAAUCACAUUUUUUCUAAGCUUGGUGAAGAAGAGUGAUCGUGGCAAGUACACAUUAGUGGCUGAAAACUUUCAAGGAACAGCUAAUACGAGUUUCAGUCUUCAAGUGAUCAAGCCUAGUUUGAGAAACUGUUCUUUUGAAACUGAUCUUUGUGAUUGGAGACAGCGUGGCACUGAUGUUGGCUGGUUACGUCAUCGUGAACAAACAGUGAACUCUGCAGGAUCUGGUGCAUCAGGAAAAGGGAAAGUUUGGGAAAAGCUAAUUCAAAUGCAUAACAAAUGGGGAGGACAGGGAUCUGAGAGUACAAAGAAAGACGCUAGAGUGGAUGCGGCUCUAUGA